AUGACCUGUGGUGAUUAUUGUCUGUACAAGUACGAUUUAGCAACUGUGUUGCAACCUAGAAAAGAUAACAAGAGAGGAGGAAAACAUCCUUUUUUGUGGAAAACUGGAAAACUAAAAGAGGAAGGUAAUGAUCGAGCUCAAUCUCUUGUCAUUAAAUACGAUUCAGAGAGUGAGGAUGGAAAUUUAAUUUAUUACUGUGAUUCAGGACAUGGAAAAAUUAAGGUUUUGAGGGCAUGGGACGGUGUGUUAUUGAGAGUUAUAUCACAAAUGCCUUGUGUAAGAAAUUCCUUAGAUUCUUCAACAGAACUAUUCGUCAAGUUUGUUGCUCCAUGUGGUAUUGACAUGCGACAUGAUGGACAAAAUAAUGAAUUUGUAGUUAGCGACAUGGGUGCCAAUAUGAUUUAUUUCAUACGUGAGAUUGGUGACGAUUGGAUUGUAACAAAAAGUUUACCAAAAGGUUUAGGAGAUUCUGAAAAUAUUCAAAGAUUUGAAUAUCCAACUGGGCUCUGUAUUGAUAAGAAGAGCGGAAACGUCAUUAUUUGUGAUUAUUUAAAUGGUGUGAUGCAAAUUUUGGAUAAGAAUGGCAACUUUAUCAAAACGUUUGGGUCCUUGCGAAAAUCACUUGCACUGUUGAGUAACAAUGAAUUCUUUUAUCACACAGGAGUGUGUAUCAAUGAAACGGAAGGAGAAUUAAUCAUUGUGGAUAGUUACAAUCAGCGAAUUUUAAUAUUUCAAUAA